GGGCGGGACCAGCGGGGCCUCCUCCCCCUGCAGGACUCGCCUCGUCGUGUCCCGUUCCGGCUGCGGCGGCUCCGGCAGCUCCAGGACGAGCCAUGAGGCUCCUGCCGGGCGCUUGGUGUGUGGCGGCGCUGCUCAUGCUCGCCCCGGGCUCCCGAAAUGAAGAAAUAAACAGCUCCAGCAGUACUGCAUCCUUUGCUACAACUCCAGUCCCUAAGUUGCAAGGCAAUAGCAGCUCAUCCAAUCUUACUGUUUCAUCAUCCACACAAUCUACAACAACGUCUACAGCAGGUGUGUCUACCAAUACUACUCAUCUAGCCAGUACCGGUCAGCCCACCAACACCACUGUGCCUGUCACCCCAACAACUCAGCCCACAGAAACCAACCAGACGACAAGAUCCACCACAGCUUCAUCAGUCACAUCAUCACAAUUCAAUAUUACGGUGGUGACCACUUCCAAGAUUUCUUUCACUUCUGUAACAGCCACAUCAAAAUCUGAGGCUGUCACUGCCAAAACCUCCAGAUUUGAUUUGGGCAGUUUUGUAGGUGGCAUUGUGCUGACGCUUGGAGUCCUAGUUAUUCUCUACAUCGGAUGCAAAACUUAUCACUCUAGAAGAGGCAUUCAGUACAGAACCAUUGAUGAACAUGAUGCCAUCAUUUAAAGAGACUUCAAUGAAGACAGUUUUGAAAACCAUCCUAUCACAGCUGUUGUAACUUAAUUCUGAGUUCCUUUUAUACAGGUGAUCACAGUCUCUAAACCGUUCUUGGGUGUGAUCCUGCAAAAUGUUUGGAAGCUCUUUUAACAUCCUGAUUUUUUUUGCAUUGGCAUUCAGAAGAAGAAUAGGAACUCAGCACUUUGUAGAGACAGUAUUUUCCUUUUCCAGUAUUUGUAAACAGAUUUAAAGAAACACACACAUUGAAUCAUUUUAAGGCACACACACAAGUUUCUGAAUUAGCAAAUUACUAGCACAGUGGAUUGCAUCAUUGCAGUUUUAAGUAACUUCAAUUAUUUCUCAAAUAUUGUGUAAAUCCUGUAUGUUCCAUAAUGGAUACAGUAGCUUAAAUAGGUUACCUUUGACACCAUAGUUUUUUGCAAGUCAAAUUUUAUUUUUCCGAAUAUUUCACAUUAAAUUGUAUUUAUUUUGAAGUUUGAUGUGAACUUUAGUUUAGAAAUUUUUUAUUUUGAAGAAUUCGAUUAGUUAAUUCUUAUUAGGCUGUAAAGGGGCAUGGUUUGCUAACUGUAUAGAAGGUGAUAAUGACUACUUCAAACUUCAGUCAUUAGCUCACCAGGAACCUGCAGAGACUUUCCUGAACGGGCUAUACAAUGAGACUGGCUGCAUGAAGCAUGGACAGACUGGAGAUAUCCAUCCACAAACCUUUUCUCUAAUUGGAUCCUUAUAAGAAAACAGACUGUGUGACCCGUACCUUCCUUUUCCCAGCAUGUCCUAAUGAAGUAUGUGCAAUUGAAGAUAAAAGUGGAAAAAAAAUAUGAAAAUUGCUUCUCAAAAUUGGCUUUUAGGCUGAAUGUAGCAAUGACUCUUAGUUUUUAUUGUUAUGAAACUGUAUGCAAUGUUUUAGCAGCAUUUGGUAAGCAUUGGAAGUUACACAGGGAAGUGGAAAAUCUGUAAGAUGGCUUUCUAGAAGAAUAUAUUCUGCAUUUUGGCAAUUAUUUUCAGAACUUGGUACAGCUGCACAUGUGCACAGAGAUCAAAAGCCCACUGAAGGCAAUGGGCCAUGUCCCAAAAGGCCUUUAGAUGAAGACCCAAAUAAACUGAGUGUCCUGUGCAAGGUAGCUGAUGCCACUUCUGUAUCACUUGUGCAUUUAUACUGACGUAAACCUGCUGACUUCAGUAGCUGGGCUCCUGAUUUACACUGGAGUAUGAAAUGCUAGAGUAAGGAGCAAGAAACAUGAGUCUGCAUCUCCUUAUGUCCUGCUCAGGCCCCACUUGUAGACCUCUCCAAGGUGAAGAGGGUUGGUGUGGUGGGACUUGACCCUCCUAGUUACUCUUGGCAUGAGAACAUCAUGCAUGGCACAGAGGGAACAUGGUGGCAGCUGAGUACGGUCACAGGAGGAACUUAAUGUAGGUCUGUCUAGGGGCUGGGGUACAGCGCAUCAGGGGAAAUAAGACUACAGCUCUGGCACGGGUUCAUCUUUUUUAUUGAUCAAAUGUUUUAUUUUGACAUUCAGUGUCAACAAUAAACAGGCUGUAUAGAUGGUGUUUUUCCUUUUCAUAUGGAGUCAUGUGAAAACCCUUGUUGCUGAGGCACAGCUGACUCCAGCAAAUGAGGGUUAAUGAGUAGUCUUAGUAGCACCAGCCACACAUAAAACGGGUAGCAGGGCUUUUUUUCACUGCGAUUGAGGUACAGGAAGAAAAGUGACUUAAAGUAACUUUUGUGGUUUUUCUUCAUUGCAUUGUUUGGUGGAAAACUUUGGGUUUUGACUUGAAGAGUCUGGAAACAAUCGUUCCAUUGAAUUGCAGUUCUUUACUUUGUAGAAAUUAAGACAAUUAAGUCGGUUAUUGGGAUUUUCUUACCUCUGUUGUACAGAUAAAUAAGUAUAAUUCAAUCUUGAGAGUUACUGUGUAGAUUACAAUUGGAUUUUUAUUUUAUUUGGCAGUUUUAUAAGUCUCUCAACUCUUUCCACAGUCACAACCACCAAAUAAGAAGUGUUCACUGUCUAUACUUUUCAAUGGUAGAAUACUGGACCUGGGGCAUUUUUGCCCCACUCAAUCAUUUGUAAUGUAUUUUGUAAUCUUAUUACUACAAUAAAGCAAAAUUAUUUGCUUAAGUUUCCAGAGGUGUCAGUAUAAAUAUAAAACCUGACCUCCUUUUGGGUGUUUGGAUACAAGAAAAAGUUAAGUGCAAUUCCUAAAUCUUACCUUUAACUUUACAUUUCCUUUCCAAUGAUAAGUGAAAACCCAUCUUGAAGUUACACACAUAAAGUGGAAUGAACAGGACAGCUUUUCAGCAUACCACCACUAAGUACAUCUUUAGGCCUUAGUCGUUGAGGUCACAUUAUAGCAUUGGAACAUACAGUGGACCUGACCACUUCAGGGCUGACCAAACAUUACAGCGCAUUACUAAGGGCAUUGUCCAAACGCCUCUUAAACACUGAUAGGCUCGAGGCAUCGACCACCUCUCCAGGAAACCUUUUCCAGUGUUUGACCACCUUCUCUGUAAAGAAAUGUUUCCUAAAUAUAAUCCUUUCCUCAUGGAAGUCUCUUCCAAGUCGUUUCUCUGCUGAUUAGUUUUUCUAAAUUAAACCAUAAGUUUACAAUCUGUUUAUCAGGAGGUGUUUCUGCCCCUCUGUUCCUCUCUUGUGAGACCUCAUCUGGAGUAUUGUGUCCAGAACAGAAGGCCCUGAGGAGACCUUAUAGCGACCUUCCAGUAUCUGAAGGGGACCUACAAGAAAGCUGGGGAGGGACUGUUCACUAAGUUUUGUAGUGACAAGAGUAGGGGGGAUGGGUAUAAACUGGAGAGGGCAGAUGUAGGCUAGACAUAAG